UUUAUUAAUAGUUGGGCGUCCCGUGACUUGGUUCCUACCAACUUGUUCACAUGACAAUCCCGAAAUUUGACACAAAAUUAUAAACAAUCCUCAUCCCUCCGCUAUAAAUCUGCUUCCAAUUACAAGAACAAAAUGUGCUCCCUUGAGAGAGAGAGAGAGAGAGAGAGAAUGACAAGGACUAGCAGCGUCGCGUCGUGGGCGCCGGUGAUUUUGUUGCUUGCACUUGUUGCCGGAUCUACGGCGGUUUCCAUAUGCAACAUUGAAUCCGACCAACUGAAGGAGUGUCGGCCGGCAGUAACCGGCAAAUCACCAAAACCACCAACCAAGAGAUGUUGCAGUGUUGUCCGCCAAGCCAACUUACCCUGCCUCUGCAACUUCAAGUCCGUACUCCCUUCGAUUGGGAUCGACCCUGCGCUGGCUAUGGCGUUGCCUAAGAAGUGUGGCCUGAAAACGCCCCGAGAAUGCCAUGUUGUUUGAAGCACAUGAGGCUCCGAUGGUUUCAUUUGAUUGAAAUAUUUACAAUGUUUUCGACGUGUAUUUCGGGAACAUUUACCUGCUUUAUUAUCCAGUCCCUUACCUCUGUAAUUCUCUCUGUUGGAACCUUAUGCAUUAUGCAAUGAAAAAAGUUUGGUUACUACCUCAAUA